AUGCUCUACCUUAUGACCGCAAUCAGUGUGCUUAUAGCAAGUGUCGUAGUUGCGAUAUCUCCUUCUAUCAACAUGAUCUCUGCCAUUUGUAAAAGUUAUAAUACCUUCUUCAAGCUUGGCUGUAAUUUUUGCCAACGGUCAUCGGGUGUUAACGUCUCCAAUGUUACGUUCAUGUCCACAGGUUAUUUUGCAAUGAAGAAGAAAGAACGGAUGAGAAAGAAUCUGUUAGGAAUCGGCAAGAAAAAAAGAGAUAGCGGACUCAUAUUUGUGGUGCUAAAGAAAGCAGUCGAAGGUUUAGGAAAGAAACAUCAAGUAGUGCAAGUUAAACGUGGCUAUGCUACCAACUUCUUAAUACCAACCAGAUCAGCUUUAUAUGCUACUCGCGAAAAUCUUUUCAAAUGUGGAAUAUCAAUGACUCCUCGCCGAGCCGCAAUAGCAGCUCUGGAUUUAACUAAGAACAAAAAAUCUCCUACAGAUAAAUUAUUAAAGUACUUAGCCCAAAAACCAUUGGAAAUUGAAGUUUCUCGUGAUGCAGAUUGGACUAUCAAUAAAUAUGUAGUAGCUCAAGAGUACCAGCGUAAGCUUCAGUUGCACGUACCAUUGCAAUCAUUGGUAAUGCCUCAGCCAUUUCAAACGUUUGGCUUACACGAAGUUAAAAUCAAGGUUAAUGAUAAAGUUGGAUUAGUUCCAGUAAAGGUGAACAUUGUUAAACAUGUCCCCAAAACCAAGCAAACAGAAGAAACUACCGCAUCUUAA